AUCCCUAAUCCCUUUUAUCCUUUCUAUGCUGGGUAUGCUUUCCACCACUGAGAUUUUCUCAUGUGGAAUCUUAAUCGAACCGUUUAGCUGCCUCCGACAAAGACACAUAAACGUAAAACACACGAUAGAAUUGUCCAUAACCUAUCGAUCCUAAUAAUUUCAUUGAAUUUUGUGUUGUUAAUGUGUCUGUCCUGAGGUUUUGGAAUUCCCCACUAGUGUGUGCAUAAUCCUUAUUAUGUGCAAACUAGUGAUGUUGUUUCAAUACUAACCAGUUAUAUCCUUACAGAAGUGUAAUAAUAUUAAUUCAAAUUAAUAAUUAACAAUUCCGUCGAAGUACAAAUUAUAUGCAGUGUUAAAGUAUAUAUUAUUUUUUCAAUCUAAACUAUACAGUGGACAAAAUGCACUGAAAGUGAAGUGUUAAAAUGUUUUCAAUGAAAACUGUCCGCGGCAUAGGAUUUUUUUGUGUGCAAAGUGUUAAGUGUAAGAUAUGGGAUGACUCAUAGUGAAGGAUGUGGCCAGCUCACUCUUCGAUCACAAGAUGAUGCAAGAAAUUCUCGACAAUGCUGGGGCAGGCGCAAGCGGCGUGAUGGAGGAAAACGAGGGAGGAGGGAGUGGGGGUGCCGCGGCCGAUAUGGACGAUUGCGGCUCCCUCUCCCUACCUCCUGACCUGCCCCCCUAUUCAGGCGACUACAUUAUCAGUGACUAUAUGGAGAGGCUCGGUACUCGUCUUAAUAUUCUGGAAACUGAGCUCAAGUAUGCGUGGAGAGCAUUAGAUCUCCUAAGCCAAGAAUAUGUAAGAAUGUGGGAUCGAUUAGAGAGACUCGAGUCCUUGCUCGCAGAUCAACAGGGUGUUAUAUCAACUCUUCUAGAUUUUUAUACAUGUCGAAGUGUAUCUCGAGAUCCUCUUUCGAGACUUGAAGUGAUUAGGGAAAUACUCGGAAAUGGGACUGUUGAAGAUGGUAUAGAAGAGGGAUUAGAUAUAGCCAGUCGAAACGCUAUUCUAUUAGAUCAACAAGAAGAAGUAAUGGAAUCAGAUGAAGCUUUUUAUAGAAGUUUAAACCAAGCUUAUAGGGAUGAUUACGUUUAUGAAGAAACAUCAAGACCUACGUCACAGCUAGACAUGAUUUGGGAAGCACCUGAGGAGCCUGAAUUAGAUAUACCAUCUGCUGCUGGCCAAAUAUAUAGUGCAAAAGAUUAUAAACAUUAUCGUGGUAUACAAAGUGGACCUGGUAUAAGUGAAAGAGAUUUAGUCCAUAUGUCUACAUUAGGUACAAUAGAACAAAUAACUGUAGAUAAAUUGCAUGAAUUAGAUAGGCUGACUACGCAAUUACACAAAGAUUCAAGAGAGUUAAAAGACUUAAAAGCUAGACUUCUUAGUCCAGAAAUUAAGAUCACAGCAAAACAUGACAGAGAUAUAGAAGCUAAAGCACUUGUGGAAGAUGGAAAUAUAAUUAAUGAACAGUUAAAAGGCGUUUAUAUAGGCGGUGAUAAUUGGGCCUUAAAUGAUAUGAUGAGAAGUUUUGAUGAGUUUAUGCUUACAACGCCAAAAGAUAAUUUACUUACAGAUAAAUCACCAUCAAGAUUAUCACUAACUGAAAGCACAGUCGGAGAUAGAACCGUGGACUAUUUACCCAAUUCACUUUCUCUACGCCGAAAAUUUGUACCGGAACGGACUUCUACUGAACCUUAUACCACAGUAACAGGUCGUUUAGCUUAUAGUUCUGCUGUAGCAAAUGCCGAGAUAAAUGCAGCUAAAUCAUCUAAAUCUCCCAGUGCAUUAUCAAAAGACCGAUUUGAUUAUGUCUCGGAUUAUCAAGCUAGCGAUCAUACUGGACAAAAUUACUUUUCUUCUAAGAUCACUCAACAAGCUUUUACGGACUCUUAUAAACAAAGCAAAGAACAACACUCACCAACAUCGAUACAUGAUUUAUAUGAUGGAGGCGUGGAUAACCGACUUGGUUUGACUUUUGGUGAACUGCGUAAGUCUCCCAGUCCUCCACCUCCAGCACCACCAAAUGGAGCUGAUAUAUUUAGGCCUAUUGAAAAUAAUAAUGAAACAUUAGCAAGGCAUCAAACAUUACUUUCGACAGGACUUACAACUAUGCAAGCAGAAAAUAUGAGAUUAAGUCCUAGGUCGCCUAAGUCUCCAAAAACAUCACCGAAACAUGUGAAAAGAGAUAACACUAAUAUUGUAACAGCUAAGUCAGAUUCUGGAUUAUCAUCUAUGAGUGGAUGGUCGAGUUUAGAAAAAAGUCCAGGCUCUCCGAAAACUGGACGAGUAUCACAUAUUCAAGAAACUCAUAAAAUAAGAGUUCAAUCACCACAAUCAAUUCAAAGAAAUUCUUAUGAAGAUGCAAAGCCAUAUUUAGAAACCUUAGUAGAUUCAUAUCUAUAUGAAGAUAAGCAAUACCAAAAGGAAUAUAUUGCACAUAAGCCUGAUAAUUCUAAGGAUGAACAAAAUAUAAUUGAUCUUAAUAAGUUACAAGAAAAUGUUGGUAAAAUAUUUAUAAAAAAUGACAGUAUUUUUCCUGUACCGACUACACUUAGUAAUAUAGGAGAGUAUUAUUACGGUCAAGAUGCACCUUCCAUAUACUCGGUAGCUGGAAAUAGACAGCCAAUUUUUACUACUGUGUAUAGCACACCGAGAGGAAUGCUUUCUGGAAGUUUUUCCGAGUUAAUAGAUAGAAAUCAAAUUUUAGAAUCAGAUAUAAAACAGGCGAUUGAUCCAUAUCCUCCUGAACCAAGUUAUCAUGCACAAACAAUAGUUAUGUCUGGAAAUAAUCUUGACAAAAAACCCUUGACUCGAACCAAUACGAUGACAGGAUCUGAUAGCAGUUUUCAAAAUGGAUAUAAAGUGUCUCGUUCUGGAUAUCCUCCUGGAAACCUCAACGAUGCAUUAUCAUACUAUCCUACAUCUAGUAGGUAUGACUCACCAAAACGUACACCGUUAGAAGAACGUAUGUCUUGGCAAGUUGGAAGUCGAUCACCAACAAGCUCAGUAGAAACACUAAGUUUAAAAUCACACUCUCUCAGUAUAACGGAACGAAAGCAAUUUCAAAAUCAAUUACAACAAGAGUACUUCAAACAACAACAGUAUGACCAACGUAACGGAAAUAUUACAACCGACAUACAGAGUCAUGACAAAUUAGGCUCAGACCAAAAGAUUAGGAAAGAUCAGUACACCAUGGAUUCUAGUGGUAUUUUAGUUUCAGAGUCGGGCUAUUUAUCUAUUUCCUCGAACCUUAAAAUAAAGACCCAAGAUAGGCAAAGUAAAAAACCUAAACGAACUUCAUCUUUAAAAUCUGCAAUGUCUUCGAUGAGUCACUGGUUGCCGGAUUUGCAUUUACCUAAAAAGCAUAGGUCACAUUCCCUUCCAUCUGGUGUAGACUCUGUUGAUCAGGAGCAACAAGAAAAAACUUUGAAAGAGAGGCUAUUGUCAGCACAAAGAAGAAAGAAAAAAUACCAUUUAGUAGCCUCAAUGUCAGGCUUAUUGCAAAAGGCAAGGAGAAAACAACAAGCUAGUCAUCAAUCUUUAUCAGACCCAGAGACUUCUGAAACAGAAUGGUCGGGUGGUCGAUCCAGUGCUCAAUCAGAAGACAGUGAUAGUGUGUUUUCAGAUUCAAUUCAUGAAAAUAAUAUGUUUUCAAAGGUUCCUGUUAAACAAAAGCAACGAAAAAUAAACAGUCAAGAAAAAAUAGAACAGCAGCAAAUGAUUCAAGAAUUACAGCAGCAACGAGCUGAAUUGCAAGGAGAUGCUGAUGACGAAUGUAUAUUAGAAGAACAUGAACGUUACCCUUCAACAUCCAACGGGAUACCGCGAGAUAAAAGUGAUGAUAUUGACUUUCAUUUUGCUAGAGUUAGUCAAAUGAAUAAAAAUAACAUUCAAGACUUGGAAAAACUGGAUAUUGAUACUGAUAUUUCAAACGUCGACCCAUUCGAAGAUGAAAAAGAAGAUAACGAUUCACCUGCUGCCAUAUUCGCAACUGUAGGUGAUAUGAAAAAGUCUUCUAUCACAUCUGAAGACUCGCAUAGUGAUAAUAACAAAUCAUACAGUGGAAGUUCACAAGAGUUUGCAGUAUCUCGUGCACUAGGCAAAUACCGUUUACGUAAAUCAUCGUCUAUUACCGAUGAUACUUCAGAAACUUCUCCACCAAAAAUUGAAACUAAUUUUGCUGAAGAAAUAAUAGAUGACUCAGAUAAAUACAACGAUAAAAAACAAAAUAGAUUAAGCCCGCCUGAAGUAGUAAAAAACAAUACAGGACGUGCUGACGAGGGCUUAGUGUAUCCAGAAAGAAGUCCCUCUUUACAAAGUAACAGAGGCAUGCAAAAUAAAUUUCAACCACGACAUCAACAAAGUCUUGAUAUUCCCAAUAAACACGACGAUGAUGACAGUCGAAGCACACAUUCCUGGAGAAGUGGGUCAAGGGUAUCCUCAAGGAGGCAAAGUACUGAAGAUAGUAUUGAUUCAGAAGACGAAUGGUACCGUUAUGAGCUCCGGAAGCUAGAAGAAAUGGAGCAUUCAGGUCAAGAUAUAGAAAGAGAACAUUUAUUACUAGAAGAACCUGAAACAUUAGAGGAAGAACCCAAUGACAUCUUAAAAGAAAGGAUGUCUUAUGUUUUACGGGAGUUGAAACUUAAAACAGCUCCUAUUAAAGUCAAAUAUGACGAAACAAUAACGGAAGAGACAUGGAAAGACAUUACAACAUUUCCUGAUAUGGAGGAAAAACUUGAAGACGCUAUUUCUCAAAAAUAUUCGGAUGAUGAAAAAUCGUAUGCUGAUUCUGGCUCCGGAGAAACAUCUGGACCUGAUAGUCCAGUUCAAAGUGGCGAUGAGUUUGAAGAAGAUGACGAAAUGCCACAAAUCCGACAAGAACCUAUGGGUGUUGAACAACCACCGCAUCAAGAUGCUCCUGCUGGAAGCAAAUGGAAGUUGCUAAAGGCUCUGAAAGAUAGAAAAGCUGAAGAAAAAACUACAGAGACACCGGUUGCUACCACACCAUCUACAGAAAAGGAUAAAGUUAGCGCAGGUAAUGGAACCGGUGGAUUCAACGAGCAAGGCGGACGAGGCAAUGGGCACCCGGGAGAUAAUCCAUUUUAUAGCAACAUUGAUAGUAUGCCGGAUAUUAGACCGAGAAGAAAAUCCAUACCACUCGUUUCUGAACUUGUUCUCAAGACCAUGGCUGCUACUAAGAGAAAUGCCGGAUUGACAUCAGCUGUACACCGAGCAACACUGAAUGACGAAGAAUUGAAAAUGCAUGUGUAUAAGAAAACUUUACAAGCACUUAUCUACCCUAUAUCUUCAACCACACCCCACAAUUUCGUUCUUUGGACUGCGACAUCACCAACGUAUUGCUAUGAAUGCGAGGGUCUACUUUGGGGAAUUGCGAGGCAAGGUGUCAGGUGUACAGAAUGCGGUGUCAAGUGUCAUGAAAAAUGUAAAGAUCUCCUCAACGCUGACUGCCUACAGAUGUGUUUUGCAGGGGCGGCUGAGAAGUCUUCUAAACAUGGUGCUGAGGACAAAGCAAACUCUAUCAUAACAGCCAUGAAAGAACGAAUGAAGCAACGGGAAAGAGACAUGCCAGAAAUCUUUGAACUCAUCAGACGCGUGUUCAGCAUGGAACCAGAUGGACACUCGACGCACAUGAAUACGGUGAAGCAGUCCGUCCUCGAUGGUACUUCGAAAUGGAGCGCCAAGAUCGCCAUCACAGUUAUUUGUGCCCAAGGCCUGAUCGCUAAGGACAAGAGCGGCACCUCCGACCCCUACGUUACCGUCCAAGUCAGCAAGGUCAAGAAAAGAACCCGAACAAUGCCGCAGGAGCUAAAUCCUGUUUGGAAUGAGAAGUUUUAUUUCGAGUGCCACAAUUCAUCCGAUCGCAUUAAAGUACGCGUUUGGGACGAAGACAAUGACUUGAAAUCAAAACUUCGUCAGAAAUUAACGAGAGAAUCGGAUGACUUCCUUGGACAGACAAUUAUUGAGGUUCGAACUCUUUCGGGUGAAAUGGACGUCUGGUACAAUUUAGAGAAGAGAACAGACAAGUCAGCGGUAUCUGGAGCUAUCAGACUUCACAUCAAUGUUGAAAUCAAAGGAGAGGAGAAAGUAGCACCUUACCAUGUUCAGUACACAUGUCUGCAUGAGAACUUAUUCCACUACCUGUGUGAAGAAAAUGGUGGAGCUGUGACACUUCCAGCUGCUCGCGGAGAUGACGCAUGGAAAAUCUACUUCAAUGAAAAUCCAGAGGAAAUCGUCGAUGAAUUUGCUAUGAGAUAUGGCAUUGAAUCCAUCUAUCAAGCGAUGACGCAUUUCCACUGUCUGUCAACGAAGUACUUAUGCGCGGGAGUUCCAGCUGUUAUGUCAACACUGUUAGCUAACAUCAACGCAUACUACGCUCAUACAACUGCUUCAUCUGCUGUUUCAGCGUCUGAUAGAUUCGCUGCUUCAAACUUUGGGAAAGAAAAGUUCGUGAAACUUCUCGACCAACUACACAAUUCGCUACGGAUCGACCUUUCUAUGUACAGAAAUAAUUUUCCUGCUUCAAGUGCGGAAAAACUUAUGGAUCUCAAAUCAACUGUGGAUCUUUUGACCAGCAUUACAUUCUUUCGGAUGAAGGUACAAGAACUUAGCAGUCCACCUAGAGCAAGUACAGUUGUGAAGGACUGUGUAAAGGCGUGCUUGAGAUCAACCUAUCAAUUUCUUUUUGAAAAUUGCUAUGAAUUAUUCAAUAGAGAAUUUCAAGUUGACCCAAACGAAGCGAAAAGGGAUCCCUCCGAUCAUGGACCACAGUUGGACUCUGUGGACUUCUGGCACAAACUCAUUGGACUUAUAAUAUCUGUGAUAGAAGAGGAUAGAAAUAGUUACGCGCCUGUCUUAAAUCAAUUUCCUCAAGAGCUUAAUAUUGGUCAGCUAUCAGCAGCUACAAUGUGGUCUUUAUUCGCUGUGGAUAUGAAGUAUGCUCUAGAAGAACAUGAACAGCAUCGGCUCUGCAAGUCUUCCGCCUACAUGAACUUACAUUUUAAGGUGAAAUGGCUGUACACGGAGUAUGUUAAAGAUGUCCCACCUUAUUGUGGUGCCGUACCAGAAUACCCUGCUUGGUUCGAGCCAUUUGUCAUGCAAUGGCUGAACGAGAAUGAUGAUGUCUCUCUUGAGUAUUUGACGGGAGCAUUCAAUAGGGAUAAAAGAGAUGGGUUCCAAAAAUCGAGCGAGCACGCACUCUUCAGUAAUUCAGUUGUUGACGUUUUUACUCAACUCACGCAAUGCUUUGACGUGGUUUCCAAGCUCGAGUGUCCAGACCCUGAAAUAUGGAAAAGGUAUAUGAAGAGGUUUGCGAAGACCAUCGUCAAGGUGCUGGUCGCGUAUGCUGAUAUCGUGAAGAAAGAAUUCCCAGAACAUUUGAAAGAAGAGAGAGUGGCGUGUAUCCUAAUGAAUAACAUACAACAACUUCGUGUUCAACUGGAGAAAAUGUUCGAAGCAAUGGGUGGGAACAAAUUGGAACGAGAUGCAGCAGACAUCCUCAACGAUUUGCAACAAAGCUUGAAUAGUACACUGGAUGAACUGGCUUCUAUGUUUGCUAUCAGCCUUGAGAUGCGAAUAACAGCAAGUGUGAAGGAAUUGGGUGAAUUACUUCAGAAAGUUGGUGGAGGUGCAGCUCCUGGACAGCCGCAACCGCCAGCUCAUCAUGAGGCUGAUGAAGUGCUUAGACCUCUUAUGGACAUAUUGGAUGGUUCACUGACGAUGUAUGCGGAAUCUUGUGAGAAGACUGUACUGAAACGGUUGCUAAAGGAGCUAUGGAAGAUCGUCAUGAAGAUUCUUGAGAAGACGGUCGUUCUUCCGCCCAUGACGGACAAAACGAUGAUGCUGAAGAAUUUGACGAACAACGCAAAGAACUUGGCAGCCAACGCAAAGAUCGAAGAUAUGACGCAGUUGUUCAAGAGUACAGUUGGCAAACAGGAUGUUAAACAUGCCUUGUCCGGCGUCAUGGAUAUAUCCAAAGAGCACUUGUCAGCCGAAAAGAGCUUAACACCAAAGCAGUGUGCGGUUCUGGAUGCGGCGUUGGAUACGAUAAAACAAUACUUCCACGCUGGAGGGAAUGGUCUAAAGAAAACGUUCCUGGAGAAAAGUCCAGAAUUACAAUCGUUAAGAUAUGCUUUAAGUCUGUACACGCAAACUACAGAUACACUCAUAAGAACGUUCGUCACGAGUCAGCAAAAUCAAGAUGCCGCUGUGGCAGAAGAGGGUAGCGUGGGUGAAAUUUCCCUUCAAGUGGAUCUGUUCACGCAUCCAGCAACUGGUGAACACAAGAUCACUGUUAAGGUUGUGGCAGCAAAUGACUUAAAGUGGGUGAUAGCAAGUGGUAUGUUCCGUCCGUUCAUAGAGGUCAAUCUGAUUGGUCCUCAUCUCGCCGAUAAGAAGCGAAAAUUCGCCACCAAAUCGAAAAGUAACAAUUGGAGUCCAAAGUUCAACGAAACUUUUCACUUUAUGGUGAGCGCAACAGAACAAUUGGAGCUUUUUGAACUACAUGUAUGUGUACGGGAUUACUGCUUUGCACGAGAGGAUAGAUUAGUCGGUGUGGCCGUCAUGCGUCUAGCCGAUAUUGCAGAACAGAAAAACGAAAAUGUUAACCGAUUGGUAACACGAGUGCCGGAUCGGCAAAAUCAAAUGGCUGACUCUGGCUCAUGCGCGUGUUGGCUGCCUCUCGGCACGCGAGUCAAAAUGGAUGAGACCGGAUGGACGAUACUUAGAAUUCUCUCACAGAGACACAGCGACGAAGUUGCUCGCGAAUUUGUAAAGCUCAAAUCUGAAAUGCGAGCUGAAGCACCAACAGGAACUCCAGGGCCCACGUGAACGUGAGAUGCGAUCUGUAGCGAAUAGAUCAGAUCUUCCAAUCAUUGGCAACUGGUUAUACUGGUUGUGAUAAGUUAUCAAUAGUCCUUAAAUCGAACGAUUUCUACGUGGACAAUGAUCUCGAGACUACGAGGCGCUCCGGCGGUUACUGGUCAGGCCUAGGGACGAAUCUUUUAACGAGCUGCUAAUUCUGACGGCGAUAGAUCAGUCAGGGUUAGAAUAUACCUCGUCAAAAGGUGGAUGACCUGGGGCGUAAUACGUUCGAUUCAAUCUCGCAGAGAUUCGUUUUUGUAAAUAUUUACGGUGUUAAGUUGUCGCGACUAGUAGGAAUAUUUUGCACAAACUCGUGAAAUUAGCGAAAAAGACUGACCGUAGGCGGCCGGGCGCUUUGUCCAUCGACGUUUAGGUAUUCGACGAAAUUUUUCCUCGAAUACUCUCGCUAUAGAAAAUUUCUAAAAGUAUAAAGCAGAUAUUCUUGUAGAUUUCAUUGUUUCUUCCAUAGCGACGUUUUACUAUCGCAAUAUAAGAUUUUUAUAGGCUGUAGAUAUUUUGUUGGAUACCUAAUUGCGAUGGACUCAAGCGAUUAAUGUACUAAUCUGUUUAUGGACCAAACUGUCGUUAAUAUGAAUGCAUACCUUAUCCUUACGUAAAUAAUAAAUCAACAUUAUUUAUCUAAUUAAUCAUCUAAUCGUUAUACGUGUACAGUUAAUAUGAUAUGGCCUUAUGUGAAUUUCUUUUGUUGAUGCUUCUGAUGAGAAAAUGUUAACAGGCUAAAUGAUUUUUCACUUGCAAAUAAAGAUUAUACAUACUAUAAAAAAACAAUCAACCGGUUUGAUAAUCAACAUUUUCGAUUAAAGCGCAAACAUGAAAGUAGUUUUAUAAUACAAUAUUAAGAUAAAUAAUGGUAAAAUUAAGAUAAUACCUGUUCAAACCUCUAAAAGAUUAUUAUAAGUAAAUUGAUUUACUAAAGUUAAUCGUUUUGAAGUCAUACUAUUAAAUAAUGUAACAGUAAAUAUUUUUAGUGGUUUUUUAAUGAACUUGUUUGAUAGCCGUUAUUUGAGUUAUCGAUUUGUUUCCUGUUUUCUUUAGUAAAAAGUCUAUUGCAAGUCUAAAAUCACUGAACCUGUUCAGAGUGCUUGUAUUCGAGUGAAUUUAAAUUUAGAAUUGUUCCUUUAGGUGAAUGUUCAAAACUGUUUGAGAUGUUAAUUGAAAUGUGUGUUAUAGCCUUCUCAUUUCAUUGUAAUGUGAUCAAAUUAUAUGUAAAUAAAAAAAACGUUAAUACGCGUUCACUUA